GGCACGUGACCUGCAACAGGAAGUAAAUAAACUGCCUUCCCGCGCAGUUAAAUCGGUUCAGCGAGUCGUCUACAUUCAAGGAGAGUGAAACGAAAUGGACGAGCUUUAUUUGGAUAAUAUUGACGAGUAUGUCAAUGAUCAUGAUAAAAUAGUGACCUAUAAAUGGCUGAGUCUCACUCUUGGAGUUCAUGUCAAUACAGCAAAACAGAUGCUCUACCAUUACCUGGAUCAGAAGAGGAAGGAGAGUUCAGCUCAGCUGCAUGCCACUUAUCUUGUGUCGGGGAAAUUUGUGGACAACGGUCAAACGAGUCACAAGGUGUCAGUUGUGAGAGAGGAACAGCUGGAAGAUUUUAAAGCCAAGAUGAGCUUGGUAGUCAGCGUGCACGUCUACAGUGUCCAGAAAGCUUUACUUAAAGACAGUGGCCCCCUUUACACUGUGGACUACGAUGCUGUGAAAGAUCAUCUUAAAAACUGCAGCAGAUACAGUGCAAUCCACUGUCCCAGCGCAGUGCCCAUGUCUUCUGUGGAGCUGCAGCAGGCGAGGGAAAUGCAGCAAGCUCCUGCGCCAGAGCCCGAAAACAAAAAGUCUGGCAUGAAUGGCGACCCCAGCCCGGUUUCAAAAUCAUCCACCAAGCCACAGAAAGGCAUCAUGGGAAUGUUUGCAAAUAAACCUACUCCUAAGAAUCAGGAUAGCAGCAAAGAGCUUGAGAUGAAGUCUGAACAGAAAGAGGAUGCACAUGUGGUCAAUGCUACCAAAAGCAAACCAGUCACAAAAGGCAAUCCAAUGGCAAACUUCUUUGGGACUCAAACAUCAAAGAAACCUGACAAAACUGUGAAGAAGGAGGAGAACGCGGCUCAGUCAUCCUCCAGAGCCGAGCAACAGCAUGAAAGUUCACAACCAGAGGAAAAGCUUGAAACUGUUGCUGCAGUCGAGCCACAAAAAGACACACAGAAAGACUCCAGAAGCAAAACUAAGCGGAUAGAAGAUUCUGACAGUGAGGAGGAGAAGAUGGAGAAGAAAAAGAGGAAGAGGAUUAAGAAACCAGAGCCAGACAGCAGCGAUGAAGAUGUUAUUCCAGACUCUCCACAGCCAGUGGAAACAAGGGAACCAUCGGCACCGAGUCCCAAAAAGGAGGUUGAACCUGUUAAACAUUCUCAUCCGGGCAGCUCUGAAAUGAAAAUAAGGAAGAGAAGACGAGUCCUGAAGUCUCAGAUUUUUCUGGACGACGAUGGCUGCAUGGUGACAGAAAAAGGCUAUGUGAGCGAAUCUUACUCUGAAUCCGAAGAUGAUUUUAAAGUCACCAAACAAGCUCCAAGAGAUCCCAUUAAAGCAAAACUAUCAUCAAGUAACAAAGAGGAUGAGAAGAAAAAUCAAAAGAAGGCGUCAGGAAAUGCAAAUAAAGGAACUAAACAAGCUUCCAUUAAGGGAUUUUUCCAGAAGAAAUGAUGGAUGAUGGUGUUGGAUCCAUUCACUGGCACUGAGGACAAACACUGCUGCAGACUUCCUUUAAUGACACUCUGGUGCAACUGAAAUCCUCUGAAACAAAUCAGAGCAGUACACUUCACAUGGACAUUCAAAAUGACAUUUUAUUUUUUACUGUUAUAAGCUGUGGCUACAUGUCCAACUCAAUAAACAUUUAGAAGCUGAAAUGUGUUUGUCCUGUCA